UCUGUGGUUCAAAAACUCAUGAAGAAUAUUGAUUCAGGGAUUUUUAAGGAUUACUCCUAUCUCAAAAGUCAGGACAUUCUUGAAGGGUCCCGAGAUACGAUUCCAGCAGAUGAUAAUCGCACUUUGGAAGAUGUUAACCUAGUGGAUGUACAGCUACAAGAUAAAGUUUGGUAUGCAAGAUUAAAACCAGAUCAGCAGUACCACAUAUUAAAUGGUCUAACAACAAUAGGUGGAUGUGCUUUUAAAAGGAAAAUAUGUGAAGAAAUAGUGAAGCUGAUAGUAAACAAACAGCAAUUCCAAAGUGUGAUGCAAGCAUGUCCAUCUGUUAACUACACAAUAGAACAACAAGUAGGUCGUAGUCUGAGCUCUGAUAUCCCAGAAACUCCAGAUGAGGAAUGGAUGAAAUAUUUUGAAGAAUUAAAAAGUUAUCAUCUGUUUGGCUGUGAUAUUAAUGCAGCAGGUGAAGGUGAAGUGGGAGAAAAGCGAACAGAUGAAAUGAAAGGGCAGUCAGAAAUUGAAUUACAGAAACAUCACCAAUUAUGGAGAGAUGAGUUUCAAAUGUUGUGUAACAAAUAUAAUGUAAGAAUAACACCCAUGAAUGAUACCAGGACAUCACAGUCAAAAGGAAUAAGAAAACAAUCUCUGCCAACCAAAAAAGUGUCACAAAAGACAACAUUUGAUGAGAUACAGAUGCUACCUGAAAAUAUCAACAGCAGAAUAUUUAGUUACUUGAGCAAAGAUGCUAUGAACAUAGUGAAAAAUGUUAACACCUAUUGGACUUUUAUGGUAAACGCUGUCACAAAGGAACAAGACAUCAUCAAAAAAGUUAAUGAAAGGAUUGCUAAAUUGGAGCAGUCUCAGCAGCAAACUCAGACGAGCCCGAGUAGCGAACAAAGCUCUGUGAAAUUGCUGGAGGUUCCAGAACCUCCGAAUCCAAAAGGAAGGGAAGAAGUAAUAUUUCUUUUGAAAUUGUUCAACAGAGCUUCACGCAGAGUGCAACUUGCUCCAAAGCCAAAUGUUUCACCACUAAAUACGGAGUUCCUAGAGAAACGUGUUACUGCCUGUAAUCGUGAUGGGACAUUGUUAGCUGUUUCUACAAGCCACUGGUCUGUCACUUUUUACUCACUCCCCACUGGCAGAUCACUGGGCUAUGAACUUGUUGGACACUGUGAUGAAAUAACCUGUAUGUGUUUCACAUCAGGUGGUAAGCAACUGAUAACUGGAUCUGCUGAUACAACUGCAAGGUGUUGGGAUGUUAACAAACAAUCUCUAUUAACAAUAUAUGCUGGACAUGAAGGAAGCAUUACAGCACUUUCUACAGAUGGAGAUUAUGUGGUAACUGCAGGAAUGGAUCAGAUACUCAAAGUUUUCAGAAGAUUGGAAGGUGAUUGCUUAACUACCACAUUCAUUGAGCACCCAGUUACAUGUAUGGAGCUAAACCUAAAGGAAGAUCUCUUUUACUGUGGACACGUCAAUGGCUAUAUAAGCAUAUUCAGUUUCCUUACAAAAAAGCUAAUUGUGAGUGUCAGAGCUCAUACUGAUUGUGUGAAUGUUCUGGUUGUGAAGUAUCCCAUUUUAGUAAGUGGUGGAUCUGAUGGUGCAGUUCGUUUAUGGAAUAGCAAAGAGCCAAAAUCUCAGUGCCUCAUUGAAAUGAAGAAUGCCAGUGAAGUUGGUGAUUUAUGCAUGUCUGAGUACCAUAUAUUCACUGGUGAUCAGAGCGGUUAUGUCUGUGCCUGGAAUAUAAUUACAGGCCAAAAGGAACAAGAGUUAACACUUGGUGGUAUACCUAGUCCAAUACUCAGCAUCCACAGUAAAAAGAACAGUAACAAUGUUCAGGUGAUUGCAAAUACAGCAAAUGCUGUGUACAGCAUUCAACUGGACCUCUGGGAUGUGAAAAACAAACCACUAUUUGGCCCGCCACACAAAAAGUGCUGUGCCAGUUUUAUGGGUAUGGUGCACUAUAUUACAGUAACAAGGAUGGAAAUCACAUGAUGUGCCAAAGAUUAAACAUAAUCA